AUGACAUCAAAAACUUGCAAGUUCUUCCUAGCUUGGUGGCUAACCCAGCAGGUGACUGGCCUGCAUGGUGCAGGGCCUGCUAUGCUAGACAUGGCUCCCAAUGCAUUUGAUGAUCAGUAUGAGGGCUGUGUAGAAGAAAUGGAGGAAAGGGCCCCCCAGCUGUUACAAGAAGACUUCAACAUGAAUGAGGAAUUAAGAGUUGAGUGGCAACAAGCAGAGAAAAAAUGGAAUGAGAUCAAAAAUAGUAUCAGCUAUCCCAAAGGUUUCCAUAAUUUCCAUGGAAUAGCUUUAGUUGCCUACACUGGCGAAAUGCACAAAAAAUUUAAUAAUGAUACUAGAGACUUCAAAAUAAUUCCUGGUAGCUUCCACUACAAGGGCUUCCAUUACUACUUAACAAGAGCUGUCCAGCUUUUGAGUAACCAGGGUUGUCGUUUAGUUUACCGAGGCUCUGAUACCAAGUUUAAUUACAAUGGGAUGGGCUCUGUGCGAUUCGGGCAGUUCAGUUCUUCAUCUUUAUCUAAGUAUAUAGCUCUUUCUCCAGCAUUUUUCAAUGGAAAGGGGACAUUGUUUAUCAUCAAAACCUGUUUGGGGGUUUAUAUCAAAAAGUUUUCCUACUACCCUUGGGAAGAGGAGGUGCUAAUCCCAGGCUAUGAAGUAUAUCACUAUGUCACAACAGAAAAUGUAAAUGGGUAUAUCCAAAUUUCUCUGGACUCCCCUCAAAGGAAGAAGAGCAACUUCAAUUGCUACUAUAGCUACCGUAGCAGCUCAGAUGCCUGUGUUUGGGAAUCCCUAUGCAUGUUUACCCAUCAUGCUUUGUGGCCUGAGUUCUCUUCAUCCCUUGACUAGAUAUCUCAUUCAAUGCAAG